AUGGCCCAGCGCGUCGCGGCGCCAGAUGGAGGAAGCAAGAGGACGUCCAGGGUUCGGGUAGCCGUUCGUCUACGACCUUACAUGGAAGACAAGGGCGAGGGGCACUGCGUCAGAGGACUGGACUCCCAGAACCUAGAGAUCAUCAACUGGAGGAACGCCACAGAAACCGUGAAGUACCAUUUUGACGAAUUCCACGGGGAGCAGACGACACAGCAGGAGGUUUUCCGCUCAUCUGUGAAGCCCAUUCUACCACACAUCCUGAAUGGACAGAACGCCAGUGUAUUUGCCUAUGGGCCCACAGGGGCAGGUAAAACGCACACCAUGCUGGGGAAUCCAAAGCAGCCAGGGGUCAUCCCCCAGGCCGUCCACGAAGUCUUCAGCCUUGUCGAGGCGAAAGAGAGAGAAGACGAUGGAUGGGACUACAGCGCUGGAAUGUCCUACCUGGAGAUCUACAAUGAAAAGGUGUUGGACCUGCUGUGUCCUGGUUCUCAGGACCUGCCAAUUAGAGAAGACAGAGGGAGGAACAUCCUGAUUCCAGGUCUCACCCACAUGCCACUCUCUUCCUUCUCAGACUUUGACCUCCACUUUAUCCCUGCGAGCCUAAACCGGACCACCGCCUCCACUAAACUCAACCAGCGCUCCAGCCGCUCACACGCCAUCCUCCUCAUCAAGGUGGUGCGGAGCCAGCGCUCUUUGCCUCAGCGUCAGCAAACAGGAAAAUUGUACCUCGUGGACCUGGCCGGUUCAGAGGACAACCGCCGUACGGGGAACCAGGGUCUCCGUCUAAAGGAGAGUGGUGCCAUCAAUCUGUCACUGUUCACCCUCAGCAAGGUAGUGGACUCGCUCAACUCUGGGUCCGCGGGCCGAGUGCCAUACCGCGACAGCAAGCUGACCCGUCUCCUGCAGGACUCGCUUGGAGGCUCCGCCCACUCCGUCAUGAUCACCAACAUUGCACCCGAGUACAAGUACUACUUUGACACAUUCAGUGCACUCAACUUCGCAGCGAAGUCGAAGCUGAUUGUCAACAAGCCGUUUGUCAGAGAGACGUUUACCGUCCCCACGGUACAAGUGAAACGGGUCAGGGCGGACUGUGAGUCUGAGCCUCAGAAAAAGAGGAACAAAGAUGAGAAGAAGUCUGAUGAGCAUGAAGCCUCCUCAUCCCAAGCACACCCACACAAUCCGUCAGAGAUGUCUGUGUUGGACCGUCUCAUAGCUUUGGAGAACUUGAUGUUGGGCUGUCAGGAGAAAGACCGACUGGCUGUCCUCAAACAUGUUGCUCAGUCCCGCAAGGAGAUCCAGGAGUUGAAGGAGAAGCAAAAGGCAUUUGAAAGCCGGGCUCUGCUGCUCAACCGGCUGACAGGAGACCCGUCGUCCAGUAGUCGGGGAGAAGAACUGUUCAGGACUGACGUGCCCUCUUUGCAGCGGAAACCCUCCACCGCUGCCAAGCCCAAGAAGCAGCAGGCAGUGGUGCAGCCCCUACAGGUGUCUCAACUACGUCCUCUACAACAGCUUCCUGUCUGCACCAAGAAGAAAAAGGAGCUCUCGGAUCAGCAUGAGGAGCCUGAGGGAAAGGAGAAUGGGAAGGUGUUGAGCUGGGACUCUCAUCUGGAUGGAUCGCUGGUGGAACAAUCUAGGCAGAAGAUCCUGCAGAUCUUAAACACUGGCUCCCUGAAGGAGCUGAAGGGCCUGCAGCAGAUUGGAGUCAAGAAGGCCAAACUCAUCCUAGGCUGGAGGGAGAUAAAUGGACAUUUCAUCGAGGUGGAGGAUCUGAAAAAUAUUGAGGGCAUCACAGAAAAAAGAUUUUCUUCCUUUAUGAAGGCAAAUAUUCUGAGUGCCAUGGGGAAGUGACGUCUUUUUGCGUGUGUAUGAAUGGUCUUUUUUUCCUUGCCACUCAUUUCAUCUACGUCUGCAGGAUGUGUGUAGAGAUGUUUAAUAGACACUGACCUCAAGAUGUUUUUCAACAACUUUCCCAUCUGUUACUUGAUUAUUAUUUUUUUUGAUUUUAUCUUUUGUUGAGAUUAUUGCUUUUUUUUUAACCACCUUGAUGAUGUU